AUGCAGAACAAGGCAUAUCUUGUUAAGAAGCUCACAGCCCCGUCCCCAAAGCCAGGGAACCCUCAAGCCAAGAAGAAAGCACCCUGUCCUGGACUUGGCUUGUUUUACACAUUAUUGUCUGCCUUCUGUUUCUCAGUGAGCUCUUUAUUGGUUAAAAAAGUGCAAGACGUCCAUGCUGUAGAGAUUAGUGCAUUUCGAUGUGUGCUCCAAAUGCUAAUUGUUCUCCCUUGCUUAAUAUACAGAAAAACUGGGUUUAUAGGCCCAAAAAGUCAUCGAAUUUUCCUCAUUCUCAGAGGAGUCCUUGGUUCUACCUCCAUGAUGCUUAUAUACUAUGCUUUCCAGACAAUGGCCCUCGCUGAUGCCACAGUUAUCACGUUUAGCAGUCCAGUGUUUACGUCCAUAUUUGCUUGGAUAUGUCUCAAGGAAAAAUAUAGCCCUUGGGAUGCUCUUUUCACCAUGUUCACAAUCGCUGGAGUGAUCCUUAUCGUGAGACCACCAUUUUUGUUUGGUACUUCGGGGAUCGAAGAAAGCUAUUCAGUCCACCUUAAGGGAACAUUCGCAGCAAUUGGACACGCCGUGUUUGCUGCAUCGACUCUAGUUAUCCUAAGAAAAAUGGGAAAAUCUGUGGACUACUUUCUGACCAUUUGGUAUUAUGUAGUACUUGGCCUCGUUGAAACUGUCAUCAUCCUCUUUAUAUUAGGAGAGUGGAGUCUGCCUUACUGUGGGUUGGACAGGCUAUUUCUCAUACUCAUUGCGCUCUUUGGUUUGGGGGCUCAGAUAUUUAUCACAAAAGCACUUCAAAUAGAAAAAGCAGGGCCAGUAGCAAUAAUGAGGACAAUGGAUGUGGUCUUUGCUUUUAUCUUUCAGAUUAUUUUCUUUAAUAAUGUGCCAACAUGGUGGACAGUGGGUGGUGCUGUCUGCGUAGUAGCCAGUAAUGUUGGAGCGGCCGUUCGUAAAUGGUACCAAAGUUCCAAAUGAAGCAUCAUUGCAGAAAUACAUAUUUUUUUCAAGUACACCAUCACCUAAUUCACAGACAGCAUAUGCACACAUCUGGAAAAUCUGCAUUUGCUUCAUUGGUUAUAUUUAAUAAAUUUCCUAAACUACCAUUUUUGAAUAUAGUAUGUCUUUAAUUAGUUAAGAAUAGCUAGUCUGUUUGGUGUAACAAUAUUUUGGUAGCUUUGGUUUUGUUUUUUUGUUGUUGUUGGGGUCGAGUUGCUGAGAGGAGAGCUCAUUGUUUGAAGAAAAACCAAAAAAUUUUAUGGCUAGUAAUAUUACAUGUAAUUUUUAAAAUGUAUUUUUGGUACUGAUGGGAUAUGGGUGGGGAGGCUAUUUUAGAUAUUCUUUUAGUAGUGUAGAGCCUAAGAAACUUGGUUCUACCACCAUGAUCUUUAUAUACUAUGCCUUCCAGACAAUUGAUAAUGCUGCUAUAAUUAGUAUUAUGUUGAUAAUUCAUUUGCAACCUUAUUCUAUUUAGGAGGACGAAGUUGAAGCUUAGAAUAGGUGCCUGCUUAAUGGUGUUAAUAAUACAAAUGAAUUGGCCUUAUUUUCAAAUAUUUUAUAAAUGAUUAUCAUACUUACAACUCAUAUUUGUGCCUUUUCAUUUUAAUGCUGGAAUUUUUAUUAUGUCACCUCUAAAACACUGAAAUUGCCAAAUUUGGCAAGUAGUUUUCUGUUUCAGUCGCAUUAGCAACUGCAGCUAGCAUUCUAUAAUUUUAAUUGUCCUCAGUUGUUUUUGAAACUGCUCUAAAUUUUUCUUAACAUUCCAGGAUUUCAGAUCUUUAAAUCACAAAGAGAAAUCUUGGCAUGACCAGUGUGCACAUUUCCAUCCUGAAGUGUUUUCUCUUCACUAGAAAUGUGAUUUUCUAUAAAUUCCCCUUGAAUUUAUAGUGUGAUGCCAAAUAAAAUUUUCUCAGGAUCUUAUUAGGUUGAACCAUAUGUAAUUGCCAAGAUUUUACUAUUUCAACUUAAAAAACCAUAGUUUCAUAUGGUUCACCCUAAUAGAUACCUCCCUUAUUCUCUAAAUGAAAUAGAAGACUUUGGAGUAUAUGUUUUUAAAGUAAUUUUUAAAAAUAUGAUAAUGUAUUAAACUUAUUUUUAUAGUUAUGAAAUUAUAUGUAAUGUUUUAUGUUAUACAUUAAAGACUUGUGAAUCUAUGUUUGAUUGACUUUCAUAGUUUCCUACAUUGAAAUAAAAAUCACUAUAAAUUCUAGUUUAUCAGCAUGAUGUUAAAUGUCAGUGCCAUACCUUGAUGCAGCACCAUGACACUAAUGCCACGAAUUCAAACAGCACAUUUUACAUCUGGAACUUCAUCAGACCAAUACUUUGCAGUUAGAGAGAAUUUAAUAUCUAGAAAAGCUUGGGAGGUUAGUCAGGACUUAGGGAGUACACAAAUGAUUCUUUGUUGUAACGAACCCUUUAUUGGUGAGGUUGCAGUAGCCUCCAGCUCUUACUGUGUCAGAUGAAGCAUCUGUCAUUAUCUUAAGCCCGCAGAGUUGAAAGGUUAUAGGCUCUUUCAUACCCUCUCAUCAUCAUUUUCCCAAAGCAAAGAGGAACUUGCCUUCUAGGAUUCGUGCCUUGGUGAGAAAGGAUCUUUUCCAAUAGUUCAGUGGGGGAAUUUUUGGCUUGCUGAUUUUAUCAAUUGCCUUGACACCUGACAAAUCCUAAAUGAAGUCUAUGUAGGUAAGUCAUCUCUAUUUCACCUAAUUUACAGUGUUGGAAUUUAGACUUUCAAAAACAUCACUCUGCAAAUACCUUAGAUAAUUAUAGAAUCAGGAGCAUUUGAGAACUCAGAGGUCUCAGAAAUCAUCACAUAGGGGCCGUGCUCCAUAGAUAGGGAUGAUAGAGAGGAGACUGCCCAAGUUGAAUUUCCAUGGUCUUCCUCCCUCCCUUAGUUCCAUGAUAAAGUAUGGACAGUAAACCACUACUUGAGCCACCUAAGGUGAAUUAACUCUCAGGGAACCCUCUUCCAGUUCUUUACCUUGCACAAUGAAAGAACCAAUGGCACCUAGAAAGUUAAAUCCCUUUAGGCCCAUACACUAGAGCAUGUUUUAUUUCAACAAUGUGGUUUAAGUACUUGAAUGUCACACUAUAUGACUGAGGUUAGAGAAAAUGUUUCUUCUAGCCCUUGCAGGUAUGAUUCUUAAACACAAUGUCCAAGGUGUAUACAAGGAUAUGUAUUGUAACAACUAUGGGUAUGUAUAUUUUCAGAGUGUAGUUUCCGUAUCUUGAAAAGUAAAAUAUUUUCAUAAAUUGUUUUUAUAAGUACUAAUAAAAUAAUAUGAAAGAAAGCUA